GUACAAGCACUCGAUCUUAUGGCGGGGAGAGGACCCAACCAAGACCCGCUUCAAGCCGACCUAUGACGGCACAAAGCGAGUCGAGAGGUACCGGCCUGGACAAGUGCCCGUUUGGGUCGAAGAAGGCAAGAAGGCACCACGUAAGGGACGUGAGCCAGAAAAAGAGAAGCCAGAAGAGGAUCUGCGAAAGGCCAAGAGGCGGCGGCAAGCAGCCGCCGUGGUUUUGGAGGCCUCGGACAGUGCCAGCAGCCGCCUGGCUCGUUUGCAGCGGUCUGAGACCGUAGGGGAAGCAGGGGAGCCCAGCGCAGCCAGGCUGCCGCGACAGCGACGGGUGGAGGAAGCAGUCAUCCUGGAGGAAAAGGAUGAGAAGAAGGAUGAGAAGUUGGAGCUUCUCAAAGAGGAGAUAGAUGUUGAUCUCAAGCCUGGAGUGGCUGAGUUGAACUACGACGAGAUCAUCGGAUCGGGCGACGAAGAUGUUGAAAUACAAGCGGUUCGUCGUGAGAAGGCUCGAGAGCUGGCCUUAUCCAAGCGGAAGAUUGAAGAGGACGUUCUGAAGGCUGAGCUGGAGGAAGAGCAGGAGGAAGUGGAUGAGGAGGAGAGUGAAUAUGAGUCCGAAUCAGAAGAGAAUGACGAUAGGCGCGGUCCACUCAUGAAGCCAGUCUUCGUGUCGAAGGCCAAUCGAGAAACUGUUCGAGAGAAGGAACAAAUUGAAAAGGAGGAAGAAGAAGCCCGAAGAAAGAAAGAAGUCCGACAACUGGAACGCAAGGCUGAGUCAAAGGUAUUGCUCAUCGACAGGAUCAAUGAAGAAGCUGAGGCUGAGAGGUUGGCAGAGGAGCUGGACGACAGAUCUGACAUAGAGUUGAUGGAUGAUGACGAUGAGAAGAAUGAGGCCGAAGAGUACGAGCUGUGGAAGAUUCGAGAACUGAAGCGAAUCAAGAGAGACAAGGAGGAGAAGCUUAAGAGGCAACAAGAAAUUGAGUUUGUUCUUCGGCGACGCGAGAUGACGGACGAAGAACGUGCGAGAGAUGACGCCAAGCUGGAUGCUGCUAACCCGAAGAAAGCAGACGUCAAGCAGUUCAACUUCUUACAGAAGUACUACCACCGGGGCGGCUUCUUCCAGGACAAAGCUGUCUCAGGAGAGGAAGCGCUGUACCUGCGCGACUACCACGAACCACUCGAGGAGGAAAAGUACGACAAACAACUCUUGCCGAAGGCCAUGCAAUUGAGACGUGGUGAGUUUGGCAAGAAGGGCCAGGUCAAGCACUCCCACCUGACCGACGUUGACACAACGGACAUGUCAGCUGCCUGGGCGCAAAGCUCCAAAAUUGUUCAGAGGUACCAGGAAAAAAUGGCGGCUGCAAAAGGGGUGGGAAACUUCGAGCGUCCAUCCUUGAAGAAGUAG